UUCAUAAUUAAACGCUUAUGGUGUCGUUUUUGUGACAACAUGCUUGAAGUGUUUCCAUGUGUAAGUGACUUCAGUCAGUGUCCUAUAGCACAGCGAGCGAUUCAUCUUUCUGUAAAGUCAGGGACGUCUAAUUGUGCAAUCUGGGCGAUCAGUAUCCAGCAGUUUGGUGAUAUCAUGCCUAAACACACCUAUUAAAACAGUCAUUAACUGGUUAUUCCAUUAUACAUCUAAAACCUGGGGGUCACCCCUAAACUAAGUUUUAAGUAUCAUACCAUGACCAAAACAUCAAAAUCAGGCCUUUACACCCUUGCACCCACUCUGCGCGCGUGCAUUACACUCAAAUGGAAAGUGCUGGUUUACCACACACACACACACACACAGUCUGGCAUUACUACACAUGAGAGGACGUCCACAGAUUUCUGUAAUGUAACCAAGCAAUAUCACACAUACACACUAAACCUAAAGCUAACCUCAGUAAAGAAAAGCCUUCUCCUUCACUUUGAUUUAGUGGUGAAAACCGCACAUGUUCGAUGGAAAUCCUCAAAAGAGCUCAUCUUGUCCGAUGUUUGUGAGGACAGGAGGUCCUCACAGGGUUAGAAAAACAAGAACACAAUACACAUACACAAUGAACUUCACCACAACUUCCCUAUUAUACAUGCUCCACGUGUAGCGGUUUUGCUGCUUCUCUGGUAUUUACUCAGUGCCCCGUUACUCCGGGACGGGUUUGACUGCAUUCUUGCAGACAGCUACCCGAAUCUCGACUCCUCCCUCCUCUGCCCUCCACUUGGCAUUCUGAGCGAGCUUCUGUACGUCCGCGUUCACUCCUCGGUGGCUGAAGGUGCUGGUGGUGUUUCGGGGGAGCUGUGGCUGAAGAUCUCAGUGCUAGUUUACCGAAGUGGACAGCGUGCGGACUGACGGUGUUAACCAGCUGUUGUGGCCUGUCUCUGUCAAAGCGCGCGCUUUGUUUCAUUUAGCGGAUCGUCCAACCCAUCUUCACACACAGCACGUGGACACGAGCACAAAGAUGAAUUACAUGGUGAGGACGCUGCUGCUGGGAUCCGCUGUUGCUCUCAUGUCCCGAGCUGCUGACUUUAACACCGGUGUGCCUCCUUCAUGUUCCACGAUUUCUCACAGACAAAACAGGGAUAUUUGCAACAUAACUAAGUCUUAUGAGGAGUUUUGCUUUUCUGGACGUUGUACAUACACAGUCCCCCCGGAGUUCCUCACACACUUAAGACCUGUGAUGACUGAGACCUGUGAAGCAACCUGGUAUAACUUGGACAAGCUCGCCUUGGCUGAUCCUGUUCAGCCAACAAAGCUGCACUAUCCAGCUAUUAAUGUCACAAUAGAACAUCUAAUCACUGAACGACAUGUGGAUGGAGUUUCGAUCGAAAUCCGCUGCAAUAAUCACGAAUACCAGGCUGUUUACAGAGCUACAAACAAUGUGGCUGUAUCACUCACAGAAUCUGACCUUAUGGACCACAACACCCUGCCUGUAUGGGGAGUCGUACUCAUUGUGCUUUGUUUGGUCACUCUUAUUCUGGGCGGGAUCUUCUACUGUAAACGUACAGUCAUCCUUGGAUGGAUCAGUUGCCGCAGAGGAGACAAGCGCACAGGUGUGGAGCUGGAGCAUGUGGCUCAGGCACUGAAGUCCGACAUGGACCAGAACGAAGAUCUUAACAUUGAUCUUCUUGAGGCUGUUCAGAAGUAUAACAAAGACGUAGACAAUUCCUCUCCACCCCCAUCAUGAAGGGCUUGAGACAUUCAGUCUCCCUAGGUCACCACACUGAACAUCUAGUGUUUCAGGGACCAUCUUGAUAGAGUUUGUAUACUUUGAAUGUAUUUAUUUAACAUAUUCUGAAGCAUUAUUAAUUAAGACACACUGAAUAGUUGAAUUGCAGUUCUGUGGCUGUCUCAGACUGUAAACAGACCCCCAUCUUCAUCUUCAUCCCAGAAUCACCUACCUAAGCAGAAUAAGGGCUGUUUUACUCCAGCAGUUUCCCUCAGGGAUUUUUCCUGCAAACCAAAGAUACUGUUUCUUACUUUGAUGCCUUUAUAACCAAGAGCUGUUGACAUCAACCCCCCCAAAAAUUCAUUGUUUCUGCCAAACAACUGAUGAAUAAAUAUGAAUGAAACAUG